UAUAUAUUACACAUUAAAAUAAAAUGGUUUUUCAGUUGGAGAUAUGGCUAAGUUUGAUAGUUAUUGUGGUUUCUAUACAAAAUCAGGUUCUUGUGAUUUCACAAAACCUGACAUGCAAUUCCAAUGACUUGAAAGGAUUACAAGGUUUUAUUAAUGUAAUGGAAGCACCAAUUGAAGGAUGGUUUGGUUCUACAAAUUUAUCUGAUUGCUGUAAAUGGGCUGGUGUUACUUGUAAUUCAUCUUCAGGCAGGAUUGUGAAAUUACAGCUGUCAAAUAAAAGAUUAACUGGUAAUUUAUCUGAUUCUUUUUCUUUUUUAGAUCAGUUAAAAAGCCUUAAUCUUUCACAUAAUUUUCUUAGAGGCCCUCUUCCUUUUUCACUUUUCCACCUUGGUAAUUUGGAAGUAAUUGAUUUGAGUAGUAAUAAGUUUAAUGGGGUUUUACCAGUUAGUAUAAAUCUGCCUAAGCUUCAAGUUUUGGAUGUUUCUGAUAAUGCCUUGAAUGGUGCACUUCCAUCUGGUUUAUGCAUUAACUCAACCCAAAUUCGUAUUCUUAAAUUUGCUGUUAAUUACUUCACUGGGACUAUUCCACCUGAAUUUGGUAACUGUAGUUUUCUUGAACAUUUGUGUUUGGCUUCUAAUUUUCAUUAUGGAGAAAUUCCAGAAUUCUUGUUUGGGUUACCAAGUUUGAGAGAAUUGGCUCUCCAGGAUAAUACCUUUACUACUCUUCCGGGAAUUAGUAUCCCCUCUAGUCGUUUGGUUCGUUUGGAUGUUUCGUCCAAUAGAAUUUCAGGAGAGAUACCUGAUUUCUUUGGUAGCUUUCCGUAUUUAAAUUAUUUCAUAGCUCAUUCGAAUAAUCUUUCUGGUCGGAUACCUCGAUCGUUGUCUAACUCACCAACCAUUUCUUCUGUUAAUUUGAGAAAUAACUCUUUAGAUGGUUCGAUAGAUUUUAACUGUUUGACUAUGGUUAAUCUUAGCUCACUUGAUCUCGGGACUAAUAACUUUUCGGGUACAAUACCUGCAAAUCUUGCAUCGUGUCAAAAGUUAAAGGCUUUAAAUUUUGCAAGAAACAGACUCAGAGGUCAAAUCCCGGAAAGUUUCAAGAACUUUCAGUCUCUUUCGUACCUUUCACUUUCUAACUGCAGCUUCAAUAACCUCUCGUCAUCUCUAGAAAUCCUCCAGCACUGCCCUAAUCUAACCGUUUUAGUUCUCACCAUGAACUUUCACACCGAACAGUUGCCACCUAAUGAUCAUUUACAGUUUAAAGCACUCAAAGCUCUUGUAAUCGCCAAUUGCAAGCUCACAGGUAGUAUUCCUUCGUGGCUAAAUGGGUUAACACAGUUGCAGCUGUUGGAUUUGUCAUGGAACCAGUUGACCGGAUCCAUUCCAUCCUAUUUGGGUGAUUUCAAGAAUUUAUUUUAUUUGGACUUGUCCAACAACUCAUUGUCGGGAGAGAUACCCAAGAGUCUAACACAGUUACAGAGUUUGAUUUCAAGAGAUAUCUCAUUAGAAGAACCAUCACCGGAUUUUGCAUUCUUUAAGAAACUAAACAUCAGUGGCAGAGGGAUCGCGAAACAAUACAAUCAGAUCAUGAGCUUUCCACCAUCAAUUGAUCUCAGUAGCAACCUCUUUACUGGUCCCAUCUGGCCGGAGUUUGGCAACCUGAGAAAGUUGCAUGUUUUGGAUUUGAAACACAACAGUUUAUCAGGUCUGAUUCCCAGUUCUUUGUCGGGCAUGAGAAGCAUAGAGACUCUGGAUUUGUCAUAUAAUAGUUUAACAGGAACAAUUCCUCCAUCUUUGGUGGGUCUAAGUUUCUUGUCAAAGUUUAGUGUUGCAUACAAUAAUCUGACGGGGGUUAUUCCUUCUGGAGGUCAAUUUACAACUUUUAUGAACUCAAGUUUUGAGGGAAACCAAGGUUUAUGUGGUGGUGGACAUGUGAUAUCCACUUGUGAAAGCAAAAUGUAUCCCUGGUCAACAGUCAAGAUAUCCAAGAAAAAUGUUGGGAAAAUUGUCGGAAUUGCGAUUGGGAUUUGUUUCGGAGUGUUAUUGAUUCUUGCUUUGGUGUUCAUGGGGGUUAUUCGUGCAACCACCCGACGAGUAGUUGAUCCUGAACAAGAAGAUGGUUUUGCUGAUGAGAAUAUUAGCAAGAAGACUGAUGAACUUGAGUCAAAAUUGGUCCUUUUCCACAACAACAAAGAGCUAUCAAUCAAAGAUCUUUUGAAGUCAACCAACAGUUUUGAUCAAGCAAACAUAAUUGGGUGUGGUGGGUUUGGUCUAGUCUUCAAAGCCACACUUCCUGAUAACCAAAAAGUUGCCAUCAAACGGCUCUCUGGUGACUGCGGUCAAGUGGACCGGGAGUUUCAAGCCGAAGUCGAAACACUCUCACGAGCUCAGCAUCCGAACCUAGUCCUCCUUCAAGGUUAUUGCAAACACAAGAAUGAAAGGCUGCUUAUUUAUUCAUUCAUGGAAAAUGGGAGCCUAGACUAUUGGCUACACGAGAAACCAGAUGGACGGUCCAAACUUGACUGGACGACACGGUUACGUAUAGCUCAAGGAGCCAUCCGAGGUCUCGCUUACCUGCACCAAUCUUGUGAUCCCCAUAUACUUCAUCGUGAUAUAAAAUCAAGCAAUAUUCUUCUAGACGAGCAUUUUGAAGCUCAUUUAGCCGAUUUUGGUCUUGCCAGACUUAUUUUACCCUAUGACACUCAUGUGACAACUGAUCUCGUCGGGACAUUAGGUUACAUUCCACCAGAAUAUGGUCUAGCUUCCGUUGCAUCAUACAAAGGAGACAUUUACAGUUUUGGCGUCGUUCUUCUGGAGCUUUUGACAGGUAAGAGACCAAUGGAUAUGUGCAAACCUAAAGGCAGUAGAGAUUUGAUCUCAUGGGUAAUGCAAAUGAAGAUCGAAAAAAGAGAGACUGAAGUUAUCGAUUCAUUAAUCUUUGACAAAGAUCGUGCAAAAGAGAUGUUGUUGGUUCUUGAAAUCGCGUGUGUUUGUUUGAAUGAGUCUCCUAAGUUAAGACCUUCGACUCACGAGCUACUUACUUGGCUCGAUAAAAUCGGUGUCGAGUCAUAGUCAUCCAAUUUCUUGGUUCUUUCGUUGGUUGGUUGUAAAUAGAUGAAUACAUGGGAAUACAAUUGUUUUGAGCAUAAGUUCAAAGAUGUUAAGCUGAUUUUGUUAGACUUUAGAUUAUAUUGUUUUUUUUUAGUGAUUAAUAAGUAAAUAAUAGGGUAUUGAACUA